AUGGGUUGGCUUGAUCCACCUGCAGCACAAACCCAGUAUCAAAUGGAGAACAAAAAAGUAGCACCUGCCACGCAGCAGCCACUCACGCAACAACAUCUUAUGGCACAUCAUGUUCAUCCUGAUCAGAUCUAUGCACAGCAACAUCAAAAUCAACAAAUAUCAAACCUAAAUUCUACACAAUCAGGCCAAAUUCAACCUAAUGGUGUCAUGCACCAAUUGUUACAGAGUCAGUACCACUCAAACAUGAAUGCUCGAUCUCCGCUCCUUGAAAAUAGACACGAAUUAUAUGGGUCAGGCCAUAAUCAUGAUUAUGCUAGACAUUAUGGGACUAACGAUAAUUAUAACUAUCCUCAGUCUCCCCCAAGACACGAAAGGACAGAAGUCCACACUGAUCAUAAUGUAAACCAUGAAUUACUUCAAAAUAUGCCUAAAGGAUAUAACGCGGAAGUGUAUCAAGAUUAUUUAAAACGAAACCCACCGAAGGAUACCAACCAAAUAUACCAAAAUCACCAACCUACCUAUAGAUCUAAUGUAAAUCCUAACCAGCAUGGAUCAAAACCAUAUCUGCCCUAUUCAAGUAGAAUAGGCCCGCAGAGUAAUACAGAAUUGUUAAGACGCCAAUAUAGUGAAAUUCAGCAAAUGAAAUUACAACAACAGUUACAUUAUCAAAAUCAAGCUCAAAUGCAUCAACAGCAGAAGUUUGCAGAACGACAAUUAUUACUACAACAAAUUCACGGUGUACAACCUCCACCUAACUUACAAAACAGUAUAUAUUCUGACGGCUCUUAUAGGGAUUUGGAUAGAUACAGUAGUAAAAAUGACUUCAAAGAGUAUAGUAGUCCUGAUAUACAAAAGGAUAUUGACAGUUUCGCAAGAAAUAACGAGUAUAAGGAAUACGAACAGCAAAGAAGAUAUCAAGAAUCGCAAUGGCAAAGUCAACAAGCUGAGUAUAGGGAACAGGAACAGUAUAAGAGAUCACAAGAUACCGACAAAUCAAAAAGUCAGUCUCCGCCCUCAGAAUAUAACAAUAAAAAAAAUAACGUUAGCAUUGUAUCACCUAUGAAGUCCAGCGAAUCGAGCACUCCUAGCGUGAAAUCACCAUCAGAAAGUAGGCGAAGUAGCGGGGGUAAUCAGGCUCUGAGAUCACCGAUCGCACAACGAAUACCAACCGCUCCAGUAACAAUGUCUGGAAUACUCUAUAAACAAGGCUCAGAUGGUCUGAAAGUUUGGCGAAAGCGAUGGUUCGUUCUCUCCGAGUAUUGCUUAUUCUACUACAAAAGUCAAGAUGAAGAGAAACUUCUCGGUUCAGUGCUUCUACCAUCAUAUAAAGUAUCUUGUUGCACAGCUGAAGACAAAGUACUACGUAAAUUUGCUUUUAAAUUGGAACAUGCGAACAUGAGGACUUAUGUUCUAGCUGCACCUGAUCAGGAAGCUAUGAUGAAAUGGGUUAAGGCGUUAACUAUGGCUGCGCUCAUGCAAAACGUCAAUGAUCAAUCACAAAAGCCAAGCGACAGGACAGCUGCAAAACCAGAGGAUGGUGAUGAAAUACCUACUUACGCUAAUGCGCCACCCAAACCGAGACGAUCGAAUGAGGGCUACAAUUCUCCUAGUCCAGAUAUGUAUGAUCCAAACUACGAUUUACUCAGAAAGCCUGCAUCACACUACAGUCAAGGCACUAAUCAUGUACGAUACCAAGAUCAUCUCAACUAUCCAAUUAGUCCAAAUCAAGAGUCUACCUAUUCAAGCAGUCCGCAGUCUCCGCCGUCUGUUCAGCAUCAAACACAGUAUCAAAUAAAACGACCUUAUGAUACGCAACAUCUCUCAUUGCCAUUAACUAAUACAGUCACUGAUAAGCUUGACAAUAGUCAACCCAGUACGUCUAUCUAUAAGAAUAAUCAACAGUCACCUUACAUUGAUAGGAAUCGAAGUCAGCAACAAGUUCCACAGGAAAAUAUGGAACAAACAUACGACAGGCAAUCUCAACGAAAUGUUUUCUUACAAGAUACUACUACUCAGGGAGAAAAAACACUUAAAAACAAUGAUAUGCAUAUUAAAACUUCUCGUACGAAUAUUUAUGAAGAAAAAAAUCAGUCAGUCAAUACCGACACUACCCCUGAAAGUAGAAGUACUUCUAAAGGGAUUUCUAAUCAAAGUGCUUAUAAUAAAGAUGUUUAUGGAGAAUUGAGUUCAAGAUCAAAUAGGUCAGGCAGUGCUUUGAACGAAAGACUGUUAGUCGAGAGGCGCACACCUGACGCUUAUGGCAGAUCAGCUAUGGCUGCGUACAAUAAAGGGAAGAUUGACUAUGAAGACGUGUACGGACAAUAUACAACUGAAAAUGAAUACGGAAAAACAUAUGCAAAAUCACCGAAUCGAGUUCAAGAUCGCGACAGUGUUAGCAUUUCUAGUCAUCAACAACAACAAAAACAAACUGUAAAUCUUGCCCAAGAAAAAAAUUUUAGUGGACCAUCGGUCUUAAGAAGGAAAAAGAUGCAGUCAAGUGGUAUUCAACCACCCAUGCCGAGGCCUCAUAGUGCAGAUUUUCUAGAAUAUGAAUCUAAAGUUGAAAUGUUGAAUAAAACAGAUCCUGCUCACAAGGCUUAUGACACGCGUAAAGAACCACAACGACCAAAGUCUAGUUUAGACAUAAACUCUUACUAUGACCCUAGUUCUGAUAGGUAUUACUCUGAAGAAAGUUACGCUGAAAAAAUGCGUAAAUCUGCUCAAUAUUUACAGCAGGGACUAGUGGCAGGACCAAAAAAUAUGGAAAUUCCUCUAGCGAAUUACGCUAGCGGCUUAGCGAAAAAACAAUUAAGUACAGCUUACUCGCAAAUGACAAAUAAUAAUUAUGAAGCCGAAUUUAGCGCGAACAGGGAUAAUAUUAGUUUCAAUUCAAAAUAUGGCGAUGCACAAGGAUUAAAUUCCAACUGGACUUUGAAAGAAAAGGUAGAGAGUCAAAAAGAUCAUAUGAAUAGAAGCGGGAGUGUAAUGAGUGAUGGGUCCAACGUAACUGGUUACGUCAAAGAUGCUUCUAAAUACGAUGUCACGUCUGAAGGUUUUAUGAGAUCUGCAAGUGCAAGGUUACCGUCUAGUGUGCCAGAAAAAGAGGUUGAAAAGAAAGUUCAACAGCGUGAGGAGUCAAUGAAACGGUUGCUGGAAUGGAAACAAAGGAUGUUACAGUCACCACUAACGAGAAAAAGUACUCCGGCUACCAUUUCUUUAGCAAGAUCCCUAAAUCAAAGUCGCCAAUCUCUUAGAUCUGACCAAUACAAACCAAAGACAUAUACAAAUGCUUCUUACAAUAGUUACUCUUCUGACGAUGAAGAGGAAACACCGGGCACUGAUCUGCAAAAACCCAGAAAUAUGCAGGCAGGAAGGUCUCAUAAAGAGGACCUAGCAAGUCCUAUCAUUAUGCAACCUAUAUCCCCGCACGUGCCUCCUAUUGCUCAAAUCGAUUUAGCGGUAGUUCAAAAUGAAGAAAAAAAGACAGUUAACGAAGUCGCACACCCUUACCAAAAUAUGCUUUGCAUACCUGUACCAAAAGUAGAGGGAAGUGAGUGUGAUGAUUAUGAAGAUAAUAAAAAUAGUGAAGAGGAAGUAACUGAAGUUUCAAAUUUUCUUAGUACAUCAAAAGACGAGUAUGAAACAAAUGACAGCGAAGCAGAAUCUGAAAUACAAGAAGAAUAUACUGACAAUGAUUUAGAUGAGGUUUUGCUUCAAUCUGAUGUGGACUCUUCCAUUAACGUUCGAAUAAACAAAAUCGAAGAUGACCCCACAAGUGAAAACCAGGAAUCUAAACAUGAAGAAUCUGAUACAAAGCCUGUUACUCCUCCUGUAGGUCCCUUAGUUCCUAGUGAAAACCACUAUUUACCUAUGAGUCCUCGAAAAAUUUCGGUGAGUGAACCACCCCACAAAGCUAUUUUUGAAAAUUUUAGUGUAUUUGAUCAGUCUUUACCUCAAGGUUAUGAAGAUAAUCCAUAUGUUGAAAUGAAUAUAGGAAAUGAAGAAGAGGACACUCAAACGUAUGAAGUUGUUUGUGUAAAUAACGGCCAUGUUGAACCCGUUUAUAUGGAACUUAGUAAUGUUGCAUCUAGUGAGAAAAAACCUAAUAGUGAAUCAGUAAAAUUAUUAGACAAUGUAUCGAAUUUUGCAGAUACGAAGUCUCAGACAUUAAAAAGACUUUCAAAAAGUGAUAAGAUUGUAAAAGAAAAUUCUGAAUUUUCGGAUGCCGAUGAUGAAGCCAAUAAAGACUGUUCCUUAGAGACUCCUUUUAGUAGAUUUAGUAUUUCUGACACUUUUCGGCCAGCGUCCUACUAUCUAAGUGGACCGAAAAAUACUCUGGAUCAUCAGGAUAGUUCUGAUAGUGAGAUUUUAUCACCGCCACCAAUUCCAAAUACAUCACCGCCCUAUGAUGACCUAUCAGAUGACGCUCUUUCUAAAUAUAUACUAGAUAAAUUAGACAAAUCCGAUAUAUCACAAGAUAAUUCUAUUUUGAAGAUGUUAACAUGUGAAAAUCAAAAAAUGAAUACCAUUAAGAGAAAAACAACAUCGCUUAUGAUUUAUGGCAGCAGAACAUCGAUUCACGACACCCUUACAAGAGGAGAGAAAAUCCGCAACAGUAGAGCUAGCCUUACUGGUGAUAAGAAUAAAAUGAUUGAAAAUUCUAGUAAGUUACUAAGCAGCACGUUACUUGAUUACAAUCAUUCAAGCAGUAUAGAAACAGACUCAUUAAGAAGUUACGGUGCAGAUAGAGGUUCUUCGCGAUUAUCUUUGGAAUCGGAUGUUAGUAGUAAAUUUGAUAUAGCACCAUCAAAUAUGUCAUCUGAGCUGACAAGCUUAAAUGAUAGUGAUUUUGCUGUCGAUUUUAGACACCCUGCAGCAUAUCGAGAUUUGGAAAUGAUAAUAAAAAGAAGACCACUUUCUGAUGAUUCACUAUUUGAGUUAGUUAAAGCUGAAAUACCGAUGCAAAAUAACGAUGUACCAAGUUACGUAGAUUUAGAUAGAUAUUUAGACAAUUUGCAACCCAGUACAAGUGAAGCACAUCACUAUCAUUUAAAUAGUUCAGCGCCAGUACCUUUAAAUUACAAGGAUAAUGUAAUUCAAUCUGCUCUACAAACCGUUACACAUACUCGUUGUUCAAGUACACCUGUUAAUCAUAAUAGUAGGCUUAAUAGCUAUGGAAGCAGAAGUUCUAUUGUAUCUCAUUUUAGACACAUUAAUGAACAAACAUCCAAUUGCAUGGGUUCCCAAAGUUCAUGUAGCUCAUCUGGAAUGACAAAGUCACCUAUGGCGUAUUAUUGUAAGAAUCAUGACGAGGAAAAAUUUCUGAGUAAAAAUUUAAACAAUGAUGCAUUCUCUGAUAAAGUCAAGGCAUUUGAAAUUGAAAAAAUAUCUCUCAGAACUGGCAACGCAACAAAUGCUGCUUCUACUUCGACAGGUUUCCAUAGCAGAGAAAGUUCAACAGAACACAGUGCACCUUAUUAUUACUCUGAUCUGUCUUCACAGGAGCACAUAAAUGUUUUGCCUACUUCUCACUACUUAAAAAAUACUAACCUUCAUCGUAAGCUAAAUAAUCAAAGACGUAGGGGUCCAUUACAUAAGAAAAAUGACAUUUCACAUAUACAUAAUCCUAUCCGUAACAAUGAAGUUAUAACACCUGAACCAUCUUUUGAAUUAGUUGCUUCGGCUAGGAGUGUUUCCGUGGAGUUUUUAAGCGCAGCUGACAAGGAUCCUGAAAUUGAUAUGAAAAAUAUAUAUGAAUCCACGGGUGGCAGAAAUUCAAAAAUUCCAGAAUCUAUGAAUUUAUCAGGUCUUGGUUUUAAAAAAAACUCAAGCGGUAACAGUCAAAUUGAACAUUCUUCGGUAGAUUCUUAUACUAUAAAUGCAAGUCCCUUGAUAAAAUUAUCGAGUACAAGCAUGUCAUCGCAUUGUAGCGGCAAUUCUUCGAAUACUGUUUAUUAUGACGCUGAAGCAGAAGUAAGUACCUAUGAAAACGUCAUGUGUCAAGGUGAUCAACAUUGGGAUGAAGAUUCGCUCUGGAGAGAUAAUUUGAGACGAGUGUCUUACAGACAUGCCCGAUCUAUGGAUGACUUAGAUACAAUGCCGUCGCAAACAUUGGUAACGGAAAAAAAUAAUAUAGAAGCUUGUGGUCUGAAUAGUAUAAAAAGAGUUAAAAAGGAUACUGGCAACAAAAUAAGUAGAAAUGUAACCUAUGUUAAUUGUGAUAUACAAGGUCGAAUUCUUAGGCAUAGAGAAAAUUUUGGUAUAUUGAAUUGUCGAGUAUUAGAAGAAGAACAGAAAUUAGAUGAGAAUGAUGUAUAUGUCAGCCUUGCAGAAGGAGCUGAAAAAUCUUUAGAAUAUAUGGAUGAAGGUGUCUAUGAACAAUUAGCAGUAGAUUUAGUAAAAUCUGAUAUUAUAACUGAGGAGAGUAAUGAUACCAAUGUUGAAGAUAAAAGUAAGAAAAAAUUUGAAAUCGACAGAGAAAAAUUAAGACAGUGGGAUUUAAUGUCAAGUGGUUUAAUGAAGGGUAGGGCAGGUAACGUGCGGGGUGCGGGUGCUAGUGUGGGUACACUAACUUCUAUGACAAUGUCAGGCACAAAUACGGAAACUGGUACUAAUAAUAAUUCAACGAAUCAACAAGCAUUAUCCAAGAAAGCUUUUCUCGGAAGUAAUACAUCAAUUGGAAGGAACAAUCGAGAUGCUAACAUACCGGUACGGGCGGUGAGCCCUAGGGUGAGAUGGGUAGAAGAUAAAACGUCUAAUGAUCAUUAUGGCUCGCAACAAAUGUAUACGUCGCAGCAAAAUUUAAAUUCUGCAACAGAAGAGUCUUGGGCUUCAGCUAGAUCACCUUCUAGGACACCUCAGCAGCCUAUAAGAGCUGUUAGUCCUAGAAUUAGAAGAAACACUGAAACUGAUGAACUGCAAAGAGGGGUGCAGCAACUUAGUCUGACUGAACAGUUGGGUGAGAUUCCAACCGCUGGAGAACUUCUGGGUCGAACUCAUGAAGAAUUGGUGUUACUCUUGAUACAACUGCGGAGACGGCAUGCAGCUACGCAUCGUGCCAUUGAACAAUGCUGUGCCCAAAUCAGUAGUAUUGAGGAUUGCCUCAAUUCUUUGAAAGCAACGGAACGCGAAGAGAGUCUGCUACGCUUAGAACAGCUUAAGAUGCAGCUAAUGGAAUUAGAGUCACAGUACGAAAAAAGCAAGCCUCUAGUUCAACUAGUAGAUAAUAUGGUAAAAUUAGGUUCUCUCUACAAUAGACCAGGAUCUACUAUUGAACGCCUUGAGAGGAACCAAAGAUUAAGACAAAAAGUCUUAGCUGAGCAUGCACUUGAACAACAAAGAUGGUUAGAAAGCGUUGCCGCCGGCAAGCCUUUAGAAACCGAAGCAGCAAGAGCUAGAGUGGCUGAACUAUGGGCAUUAGAACAAGAACUUGCUGAUGAAGCUGCUAUACUGCAAGGAAUGAAAUCUGAUAAAGAUGCAAUCGAGAAUUUACUUACUGGUGUUCGUGGCAAAUUUAUGAGACGUGAGGAUAUCCAAAAUGGUGAUCUAUCAGUUGAAGUUAAUUCUGCAAUGAUUCGCAGGACUCAACCAAAUAACAAUGGUAACGGAGGUGGUCUCGAAGCAGAGCUUUCCCGAGUGCAAGAAAUGUUGGCACACAAUUCUAAGAAACUAGAACAGACGGUAGCAGAUAAUGCGCGUUUGGAGCGUGAAUUACAGCAAUUGCGAAGGGCAUUACAAGCGCGAAGAGCUGCAGGACCCCACGCUCAUCACACACAAGUCUCUAAUCCUACCGCUAUGCUUGAGGAUGAAGUGUCCCGCGUCCAACAACUAGUUUCUGCAUUACAACGCCAGCGCCAAGAGCUCAGUCGCGCCGUCAGACAUCUCACACAACAAUCCCACGCGUUACAGACUACUCAUGACUCUCUACCAGGUAAACGCCGACCACUCUCUUCGUGGCAAGAAACCAACCUGGAUACCGGCCACACGAUUGAUCACGGUCAAUCAGAUUAUGACUAUCGCGUUGGGCCGCUUUUACCACCUGGACAUUACGAACCUAUUAAUGUUGGAACGCCUUUAUAUGUCGAUACAAGAGUACCAGGAAACGACGUUACAUCUCCGUUGGGUAGUGAGGACCUGCUACAAACUGGAUUUAGUAACCUCACUAACGUUGAAAAACAAGAAAUUAAAACCGUUCGCAUUGUCAAGCGUGAAAGUGAAAGACGCCAAAGAGAUAGAGAACGUUCCCUCCAACCAAUGUCAGACUGGCCUUCUAAUAAUAUUACCGCGAACCUCGAUCAGUUCUUAGAGGAAGAACUUGUACAGUCCGUGCACUAUUCAAGAGCGUCAUCUUUACCAAGAGGCGAUAAAUAUGAACAUUAUUAUCCACAAGCAGAACAAAAUUACUUACAACUCAACAUGGAUCUCAGCCCCAAAUAUGUUUCGAGUCCAUCGCUAUCAAACUAUGAUUACUCACAAAACAAUUCUUCUCUCAGCAGCAGCUAUAACAAAAGCUAUGAUAGAUCUGGUUACGAUAGAACAAUUUCGCUAUCUAAUCAAUACUUGAACAGUCCCACAGAUAGUUCAAGAACAUUGACAAACGAUCCUUUAUCAAAGACCAGUAGUGUAGUAAGUUUAACUAGGUCAAAUAUGGAAUUAUCUCCAAUAUUCAAGAGUGAAGCUGCUAAGCAGAUUAUAACCGAGAUGUCAGGAGACACCCCAAAGAAUGGGUCAUUGCACAGAAGGCAAGUUCCUAAAGAGAAAAGGAGGCAUUACACGGCACCACAUCAUCUUAGUGCCAAAACUUUAAAUGACCUACCGAAAAAUUCGUAUAAUCAAGAUAAGGUCGGACGUGCAGUAGACGAUGCUGAUAUGGAGCGAGUACUUCGCGGGGCUGCCCCUGAUGUGGUUCGAUCGGCUUUGCCGCCUCAAGCGCUUCGUCUUGCUGAUAAUACCAUAGAUCAGCUGCUCGCUGCUCCACAAAAAAUUCUUAUCCCGGAGCGAUAUAUACCUGAAAAGCCACCAGAACUGUCUCCUGAAGAACAACAAAAACGACAAGAGAAAGUGGAAUCAAUCAAGAAAAUGUUAACGGGCACAUCAGCUGAUCCCAGCAAGAGUCCAGACGCUGGAGAAAAACGGCAACGGGAGCACUUGCUGCAAAUGAACCAGAUACUCGCCAAGCAGGUCACUGAGAUGAGCAAAAUCAUCGCUGUGAAAGCGUUAGAAGAGUUACCCCAAAAUGGAAAUAGUGAUGAUUUGGACGAUCGAUCUCCGGACGUGGAACUACCGAUCUAUCAACAAAGAGACAAUUUCUUUACAUAA